AGCAAGUGCCUUUUUUUUUCUUUCUUUUUUUUUCUCAUCUGGAAACACAGGCCAAAUAUCCUGCUGGCUUGCUCGUUCCAUUCACUCCUUUGGCCGCACCCCGGCUUGUUAUUGGCUCGCCCACUUAUCGCCAGCAGCGCUCGAGCAGCCACUCCUUUUCACGACUCGUCCGACCGACCGAUCACGAGGCGCCCAGCCUUCCUUUUACGCACACUAUCGCAUCCGAUUUUUUGUAUACGAGGCGCCAUUCGCAGGGCUCUAGUCUGCGCUGUGCUGGGAGCUCAAUUUUCCUCGCCGGGGACGUGCCAAUUAGAAUUUGCUUUCACCAGCAACUUUUUCGAACUAUAGUCGAUCACGGCCAUUCAAGAUGGUAUCCUUUUUUGGGCUUGGGAAGAAAAAAAAGGCCGAGCCAGCGAAGGCUGCUCCCGCGCCGGCUCAGAAGAAAAAGGUGGACCAGAACACAUUCGGGGAGGGACAGUACUUCGGUAACAAUGUGAAGAGCAAGCCGGCGCUCAGCCCGAGCAUGCGCGAGUUCCCCUCGCAGUUCCCCUCGCGCCCAGGCACGUCGAGCUCUAUGCGGAAUUCGCCCUACGCCAUGCAGACCCACAACUUUGCCGCCACGAGCAUGCGAGAUCUGUCCAACAUGCCCGGCACCAGCUGGACCAUCGAGGCUCCUGGCACCGGCCUCAAAUCCUCAGCCUCGGAUGUGAAUCUGGGAAUGCGCUGGGCGAACUCGUCGUCGACCAGCCUCGCAACUCCGUCGGUGGGUCUGCGCCCGGGCACGGCCGCCGGCCGACCGACCACGUCGGCAGGGGAUCGCAAGAACAAGCCUUGGGUCAACCCUCUUGAUGUCCACUUCAACAGAGCCGUGCCGGCUGGCCCAAAAUCACCCCUCGGCAAUUUUGAGCUGCAGGUGGACGUGGACGGAACGGGGUCGCUGAUGGGCGAUGAUGACAUUGAGUCCACCACAAGCAGGGCCGGCGCUGUCGCCUCGGCUCUUAGCUCUCCUAUCGCCACGAAUUUUACGGUAAAGCCGCCGACCGGUAUGGGCUUGCCGCUAUCUCCUCUUGGGCCUCCGUCAUCGCCCCCGACAGGCUCACUGCCAUCACCUCCACGAUCCGUAAACGGCGUCAAAGACAAAUCGGUCACUGGGCACAAGCUGCAUCCACAGCACAAGGGCUUCGGACCCGCCGCCUUACCUUCGCCGGCAUUAUCCCAGCGCGGUGGCAGCCAGGACAGCGCACCCAUGGCAAACAACGACAACGACACCGACGCCGACAGCCACGAUCACCAUGAUAAUCAUGACAACCACACAUUGGGCGGCGAGAGCGAGCCUUGGGAUGAGUCGGACGCAUUGGAGUUUACAAAGCCUGUGAUCCGCGACGUGGCCGCGAAGCGCGAUACGCUGACAAUCAGCGGCCCAAGACGGCAGAGCCUAUCAAUGAAGAUUGAAGAGCUCGAGAAGUCACUGGUUAGUGCGCAGCAGGAGUCGGAGCAGAAGAAUAAGGCAGCUGCCGCCGCUGCUGUGACAAUACGGCCGCAGGGCGACGAUGCUCGGAUGAGGAGUGGCAGCACAGCAGCGCCGCUAAUGCGCAACAACGGAAUGAACUGGCAGGCUGCUGUCUGGGGCGUCAGUGUCGGCGCCGGCCCCAGUCUGUCCCCUAUGCACCCCGAUGAUCGGAGACCCUCGCCUGGCUUUGCCGAUAACCGUGGGCCAAGGUCACAAAGCCCCAUGCGCCAUGGCGCUCUGACAAACGGCGUCCCCUCAGGUGGCCCUGAGUCGAGAAGCAUGCCGUUGAGGGACUACGAAGGUCGUGCUCAGUCGCCGCAAAUGCGCAAUGAUCAACGCCAUAUUCUGCCGUUUGCGGGUCCUGGAUCCCGCGCCCAGAGCCCAAUGGGACGGCUUCCUGCCCAUGGGCCAAGGGCCGAGAGCCCCAUGGAUAGAGUGGGAGCCGAGAGCCCGGUUGACCGACCACCGCCAAGGCCAUAUGCGCAGGACCCUCCCCCACGAAGCCCUAUGAGGGUCGCGGGACCGACAGCGAGCCCGAUGGGCACUGGUCCGUUACCUGUUUUCCCUAAGCGCGGCAACGGGCCCAACAGCUCAAAUCCCAAUGGCUACUGGGGGCCCAAGGAUAAGAGCCUCGCUGGGAUGUCUGCUACGGUCGAGGUGAACACUUACCGCUCAGAGUCGCCGCCAGUCAUGGAUCUCAGUCGACAACAAUCGGCCCAAUCCAGCACCGGUAGAUCGAGCCCUCUACUCAAUACACCCGGACCCGUGGUGCGGGGGCCGAGUACACCCCGCCGACCUGGUCCUGAGGAGUAUGGCGUGUUCUCCUCCAAUUCUGACAGGGGCAUGAACCGUGGACCGCCGAGGGCAGCCGUGGGAGCGAAGAGGGCGGAUGGCGCGUCGCCGGCGUCGUCCCGGCGAGCGCCGUCGGAUGAGGCAGAGUCGAUGCAAGCGCUACACCCUCCUCCGCGGCCACAGCAACAGCAGCUGCGGCCGGGCCAUGGGCAGGAGCAGCCAUGGGGCUCAAACUCGGAAGGUGGCGCGUGGCGCAAUGAUUUCGCCGCGCCCUUAGCCAGCCCCUUAUUUCCCAAGGACAACGUAUUUGGUAGUGGUGGCGUUUCUGCCCCUGCCACGCCUGCACCAAUGAUGGACAAUCCAAACUGGCCACUCCCAGCCCCUACUCUCACGGUGCAGGCCCCUCCACAGCGUCCACGGACGGCUGGCGGGCCGGGUCACGAGGGAGGCCACGAUGGAGACAACAAUGCCUUGGGUAUCGGCCUGGCCUCGACGGCGUCGGUACGCAAGCCGCAACGGCACCAUGUGCCCCCUCCACUGAACCUAUUUAGCGCGCAGCAGUACGCCGACGAGAUCCCGGCCGGGCCUUUUACGCCGUCGCCAACAGUGCCGCCCCUCACGCCAACGAGGAGUCUGACAACCCCCAUGGCGGCGUGCGACGACCCACGGCCCAAGACUGCCGGAGCAGGCUCGGGCACCAUCGGCAUGGCUAGGGGUCUGAGCCUCCGCUACGAGCGGGAGAGGCAGGGUUUCAAAGAAGGCAACACCGCGUGGGGCGGACAGAGCCAGCGAACCCCUCUGCCAGAGAUGCCGGCCUCUCACCGCCGGCCCGAUCACGGACUUGAAGCGCCAACGGGCAUCGCAGAUCGGUUUGGCAAUCGCUUCAUAUAGCACGCCACUCCGCUUUCCUCUGCUUCAUCCCUACUGUUUCAUUUGUUGCUUCUCUAUGUUUGGCCGUAACUUUACACUCAUUCCACAAUCAUCUUUAUUUUCUUGGAUAGCCGGUGUGUAAACAAACGACUUGGGAGGAACGACGAAGCCGAGCACCGAGGUUCCAUCCACGGUCCUACCACAUACCAUACUCUUUAACAAUACCCCCAUUCAUUUUCCAGGAUACAAGGCGUUGGUUGGUGCAGCUGUUCGAUAGUGGUCGUGGGAUCAUGACAGGCGUUUAGGAUAAUACAUAAUGUAAUUUGCUUUCAGAC